UCUCUCUCUCUCUCUCUCUCUCUCUCUCUCUCUCUCUCUCUCUCUCUCUCUCUCUCUCUCUCUCUGUAGUUGGCUGUCAGGUCAGUCAACUCAUCUCAGUCAGCUUACGGCUGUAUUAUCUUCGCACCCCUGUUCUUCCAGCAGUAUAUUUUGCACUCAGAUACCCAGCAGGGCUGCAGAGCUAAAUGCAAACUAAAAAUGAAGUGUGUGCUUCCCCUUUUCCGGUGUGGUGCCGAAAGAUGUGAGAUAUCCAUCAAUAUCCCACAUGACAGGGUGAAAUUUCGGUUUCACUGCAGACACGGUAUAACUAAGACCUACAAUUUGGGGUAUCAGGAAUGUGAGGCUUUGCAGGCUGUGUUCCCAUCUCAUCUCUGUCCAAAUGUCCUGACAGCCCAGCCCAAGCUUUUAGGCGACAUUGUUGUGUUUUUCCCUGUUUCACAAGAGGAGAUCUCUCUUUCUGUUUCCUCUGAUAAAAUCACCUUGAAGAACUUCUGUGAGGAGGACAAUUCCCGUAUUAAAGGCAUGAACACAGAGGUGUCCCUGCACCCCAAUGAGUUCGAUUACUUUCAGGUCGGAGUGGAUACAGCCAUAACCUUCUGUCUCAAGGAACUGAGGGGUUUAUUGGUCUUUGCAGAGUCACAUGGUCUACCGGUUUCUGCACAGUUUGGUGUAGCUGGACAACCUAUUGCUUUUAGUGCAGAAGACAUGAUGCUGGAGGCCAAUGUUGUGUUGUCCACCUUUGUGGAUCAAAACCACGAGGAUCCAUCUCUACAAGCACCAGGCAGAUGCAGUGAUGUCACUGAAGCUGUCCCGCCUCCUCGUGCUGUUGGUAUUGGUGUUGUGAAUGAUGGUCCUGUCUGUCCCGUGGAAAUCCCCCAAACCCCUGCAGCAGAUAUCUCCAUGGUGCCUGUGGAGGCGCAGGUUGAUGAUCCUGUUAACAUCGCUGAUGAAGAAUGGGUAGCUUCCAGCCAGGACAGUGAGGUUUUCUGUCCAGAGCUUUAUAUGAGAAAGAUGAUUCAGCCAUAUCUAGCUGAAGAAACCCAGGCGAGUUUGGGUCCUGGAUCUGCCUCAACUACACAAGUGACACCAGUCACCAGCCAGAAUUUUAAGAUCCGCUCUCUGCUCUUUGGGGCUGUAUGCGGCAAUCGAGGUGACAGCAUUUCUGAGGAUUUCCCCAGUCUCGUGUGUGCCAGUGAUACAGAAGACUAGACGAGGAACUCGGGUAACAGGACAAAGUUACCUCACACAGGUAACCGUACUGCAUGGAUGCAUGGACAGUAAUGGGAUGUUAUAAAAAACAAUUUACAAAUGUUUGAGCCGCUGUCGAGGCCAUUGGAAGACUGUUAUGAUAUUUUAUGAAAUUUUCUGUUUAAAAAACUAUUCUGUAGGCUGGAUGUUGAAAAUGUGUUUGCAAUUGAUAAAAUAUUUAUAUUCAUGUGUUAAAACUGUUUUUUUAAAGAAGUAUAAUACAACAAGCGUAAAGGGAUGCAGAGAGAUGAAGUGUAAGUUUCUCAUUCUGUGAUAAAACUAAGCUUAAAUAUGCACCUAACCACACAAUUCAUCUGGGUAAGAUCAUCAAGGAGAAACUUUGUUGAAGCUUUCAGAAAUGUUGUUAGGCAUGAAGAACUCGGUGUUCCUUGCAUCCUCCUUUGAGUCACAGAAAGCAUUGACUCACCGCUUUAAAAUGCUGGGUUCGGCGCUCAGAUAUCUUUAAACAAUCUUACAUAAGACUACGUUAGAGCUACAUUAUCCAGAGAGAGCCUUGGGUUUAUCUCGACUGUAAUACUUCUGAAUUGUAAAACAUCAUCUGAGAAGCUUGAUGCGUUUUGAAGUUUGACAAAUGAAAGCACAAAAGAAAGCUGAAUGGUUUGCAUUGGAAACAACUUUCCAUCACUGCUUCUUAUUUAAAAGUUGGAUGGCUUUUAACUGCAUAGCAGAUAAACUUAAUUGUACAUAUGGUACAAAAAGUCACAACUAAUGCAGUGUUUGUUUGUUGUAGACAAACAAACAAUCUCAUCUGCACGCAGUUACUCGAUGAGGCACUCAAAUUCAAGGACUAAAUGUGGGGACACAUUUCAAGUGAGAGCAAGGUUACAUUGUGUUACCUUUUAAGAUACAUUAUUACAGUUCCCUUUCGAGGGAACUCCCGCUGCGUCACUGCAGUGACACUUUGGGGACGCCUCCAGGGGUAAGUGCGUCUGAAUGUGUAUAUCAAAU